AUCAUCCAUCACAUCAUUAUGUUUCACGUAAAAAAUUAUCAUUAAAUUCUUCAUCAACAACAGCAACAACGAAUUCAUCAUCUAAUCAUCAUUCACCAAGACGAUCAUUUUCAGAAUUAAAUAAAGAUAACAAGAAUAAUCAUCAUACCGGUAGUAUAAGAAUUUUACCAAAUAUUUCAUUUAAUAAUAAUGAAAUUGGUCAUCAUCAUCAUCAUAAUGGUGGUGAAUUUUACGAACAAAAAAGUGAUCAACAACAACAACCGAUUGAUGAAAAAUUCAUGAUAACAUCAAGAUCAUCGAAUGAUUGUGAUUCAAUAAGGAAACAAAGUAAAAAAUCUAGCCUAGAUAAUCGAUCCAAAGUGACAAUAUUAUCAUCAUCAUCAUCAGGAUCAAAUAAAACUGCCAAUCUGGCAUCAUCGAUUAAUAAUCAAUCAAUAUUGUCAGCAAAAAAUAAUGAUGAUCAUCAUCAUAAUCAUCGUUUAUCGUUAACUAACACUGCUAAUAAUAAUAUCUGUGAGCCAAAUGUCCAAGUUUCAUUAAAUAAUAAACAGCAAAGUAAUCGAAAAACAUUGAUGACUUCUGCUGCUGCUUCCUCGGCUGUUAAUAUCGUUGAAAAUGUCGAUAAUUUUUCAACGAAAGAUCAAACAAAAUGCCAACAACAGGAAAACAACAAAUUGGCCAAAAAUAAUAAUGAUAAUAAUCAGCAACAGCAGCAGCAGCAGCCAAUCAUCAUAUUGGAUGAUGAAAAUAAUAAUGAUAAUGAUGAUAAUCAUAGUGAUAUUUUGUUACAUGAUACAUUGGAUAAUGGCAAACUAUUAUCAUCAUCAUCAUCAACAACUGAAAGUGCAAAAACAUCUAUGUCUAACGCAACAACAACAACAACAACUGUGGUCGAUGAUUCAAAAGAUAAAUCAUCUAUAAAUAAUAAUGAUGGUAACGAUGAUGAUGAAUGUAUUGAAUCAAAAUCUUCAGAUGAUGAUAAUAAUACAAGUGAUAAUAAAAUGAUUAUGGCAAAUGGUCGUAUCAACAGCAACAAUAUGAUAACAACAAAAUUAUCAACCAGCAAUGAUAAUCAUCGAAAUUUGAAUGAUUCAGCAACGGAUGAAUCGGAUAAAACGGAAUCGGAAUCGGAUGAAUCAACAACAUUGAUGACUAAUCAACGUUGUGAUUGGUUACAGCAACAACAACAACAAAAACAGACGGAUAUAAAUAAUGAAAUAACAAAAAGUGAUAUGUCAUUAGCAUCAUCCACAUCCACAUCCACAUCCACAUCAACAACAACAAUAACAUCUCGUUCACCAAAACAUUUAUUACCGAAAAAAGAAGCAUUAAUAUUAACUUGUUCAAAUGUAACAUCAACUUCGGUUCGAUUAAAAUGGCAUUUUAAUAAUUUAAAUGAACAACAACAAGGUAGUAGUGAACAACAAACUAAACGAAAUUAUAUAGUCGAUAUGUUAUUGAUGAAUAAUCAAUCAUCAUCAUCAUCAUCAUCAUCAUCAACGAAUGAUGAUACAACAACAACAACAACCAAUUCAACAACAAGAAUGGUACAUCAAGGUCCAAAUCAAAGCUAUAAAGUAACACAUUUACAAUCACAACAACAAUAUACAUUCCGUGUUAGAACAUCAACUGAAACCUGUUGGUUAGUAUCAAAUUGUUUAACAAUUAUAACACCAGAAUCGACACCAUCAUUUAAUAAUAGACAUAAUAAUCGUAAUCGAAAUAAUAAUAGUAGUAAACAAUUACAUCAUCCUCAUAAUAAUCAGUCAUCAUCAUUAUCAUCAUCAUCAUCAUCGACAACAGCAGCGUUCACAUCAUUAUCACCAUCAUCAUCAAAUCAACAGCAACAACAACUUGUUUAUCAACAAAAUCAAUUGAUCAAUUUACAUCAUCAUGAUUCGAAACAUCAUCAACAUAUGAAUAAAUCACAAUUAAUAACAACGGCAUCCGAUUUAUUAUUAAAUCCAACAAAUAUUUUAUUAUCAGCCGAUCAAGGAUAUGCUAUAUUAUUAGUUGUUGUAUUUACAAUUAUAUCAUUGAUUGUUGCCGUAUUGAUUAAUCAUUUAUUGGGUAAUCAUUGGUAGUAAAAGUAAAGCGAAAAGCAUAAGAAAAACAUGGUUCCUUUUCAAACUUUUUUAUUCGACUGAAUAAUUGGCCAUUCUCAUGGUAAUUCAACUGAUUUUUCCAGCAAACACAG